GAUGCUUUGCAGAGACGUGUGUCAAGAGUUAUUGCAAUAGAUGCACUGCGUAAGGCAGGAACAAAGCAGUAUAAGAGUGAAUUUCUCUUGAGUGGCAGUUGGGUUUCGUCUAAGAAAGGGUUGAAUGGUGGCACUGGAUGAUUUUCAAGUGUUACUGCUUUCCUAAACUUUUUGUUUCUCCUUCCCCACCCUUGAUUACUUUUCAUUCACAAUAGUGUGGUUUGGUGGGGGAUUUAAGGACUUGAUUUGACGCUACAUCAGGUGGAUGUUACACCCAAAGGAUUUUGAAGGGAGGUUAACAAGAAAUUCUGUGGCUUCCUGGAUCAUUCUGAGUAUCUGCAGCACCAGCAACAUGUGCCUGGAUGCAAUGUUGGUAUUGUUACUGGAAACUGGGGCUGUGGUAUUUUUGGUGGAGAUCCUCAAAUUAAGUCAAUGAUACAGUGGGUUUCUGCAUCUCAGGCUUCCAGACCUUUUGUCUCGUAGUACAUUUGGAUUGGAUAAAUUGCGAAAUUUGGAUAAGGUGGUUGAAUGGAUUGUGUCUCAAAAAUGGACUGUUGGAGACCUAUGGAACAAGCUGGUCGAGUAUGGUGUUCAGCGGGAAAGUAAAAAAGAGAUUGGAUUCUUUUCUUAUCUGCUUCCUUCUCUAAAGGAAGAGUCUGCCAUCUCUUCUAAACACCGUCGUGGCAGUGAUGCUGAAGGGGCUUCUCGUGGCCGCGUCCGUGGCAGAUUCAGGAAAUGAACAGUGGCGGUGGACUGGUGGUCUGAUGGAAAUUGGCAAAAUUUUAAAUCAACCUCGUCAAUAUACAGUAUAUGAAUACGUAUUUCCAUAAUUAGGUGCUACUUUUUUUUUUCGUAAAUAAUUCAUAUCAACUGAAUAGAUAGGCCUAGGAAUAAAUUUAGCUGUUGACUGCAAAAAAUUUGUUUGCAGUUGAUGUUUCUAUUCAAAGUGAAAAUUUGAAUAGAAUCGAUUUGUCUUAGAGUUGACUUUGAUUUGAGAAGGUAAAUAAAUUUGGAAUAAAAUUACAAAUUGAGCUGAUAUUCCGAGACCGAAAAUUGAAACUUGAAAGGAGUUGAAGGCUUUGCUAGAUAUGCUGAGAAAAUACAAGUUUUUCAACCUACCAAAGAGGCACGCUGGCUUUUCCCUGUAAAAAAAGAUGGGCUAUUUAUGUCAUUUCAUCAGUUUCGUAUGAGAUGGUAAAUUAACUCUGAUAAUGCCUAGUUUUUUCUUUUUAACUAACUUGAUAGUUGAUACUAGUAAUUUUGUUUAAUUUCAACUUAUUUUUACCAAAAGAGAACAUGGUCAAAUAAAAGUCAAAUGGAGAAUAUAAACAGUUGAACAGAGAGAUUGGGUUUGAUUUAGUCUUUGAUUUCUAGAACAGGUUAAUGCUUUGUGCUUUUUAUUGACUCGGCAACUUUUCUUUGUUGGAGAAUAUUGAUUUAUUCUCAUUUCUAUUGAUUGAUGCUUAUAUAUCCACCACCUUGGCACCUUGAAAUGGUUACUAAAAUCAAUGGCAAAACCAUCAAUGGAAAAUCGUAUCGAUUUCAAUUCAAUUCUAGCAUUUCUCCCACCAUUAACAACCCAACUAUCAGGCCAUUUAGCAUGGCCAAAUCAGCAAUUCAUUGAUGCACUCAAAUUGGUCUCUCAAGGGCCGAGUCUAAGUCAAGUUAACUCGGGUGCACAACUUUUUAUUAUAAUUUCACAACUCAGGGAUUCUCUUCCUUUCUCCUCUGAUCAAGAUCGUUUAGCAACAUUUACUAGUAAUGGGUUCAAGCGAUUUUUUGAUAAGUUGUUACCUAAGGACAUAACCAUGAAAUGGUUUGGUGAAGUUGUACCUGUAAUGGCUGAUUUGGUAUUAAGAUUACCAUCACUUCUUGAAAUGCAUUAUCAAAAUUGUGACGAUAUUAUACCUGGAGUAUCUACUGGUCUUCGGUUAUUGGAGCCACAACAACCAGGCAUUGUUUUUCUCAAUCAGGAGCUUAUUGCUGCUCUGCUGUCAUGUUCGUUCUUCUGCUUAUUUCCGACGGUGAUUGUUGAUAGAUACGCCAAUCUUAUGCAGGCAUUCAACAUGGAUCGAAUGUUUGCGAGUGUUCAUGAUAGGUACCCUGAACAAGAAAACAGAAUCAUGUGCAUCAUACAUUACUUUGAGAGAGUAUGUACAUCAACACCUUCAAACUUUGUUUCAUUUGAACGGAAAGUUCUUUCGCUUGAGCAAAAUCCAUCUGUUGUUUCUCUUCCACCUCCUGAACUCUGGGCCAACUCUGCGGUUCCCCUCUGCAAGUUUAAGGUUUUUUCUACGGGUAUGAUAGAGGACCAUCCUCCAGGGUCUCUUGAAGUUGACUUUGCAGACGAGUAUAUAGGAGGACUUUCUCUGACUGAUGGAUGUCUUCAGGAGGAAAUCCGGUUCAUGAUCAAUCCGGAACUGAUUGCUGCCAUGCUCUUCUUGCCGGCCAUGUCAGCAAAUGAGGCAAUAGAAAUUGUUGGUGCUGAAAGGUUCUCAAAUUAUAAAGGGUAUGAUGCUAGUUUUCAAUACGACGGGGAUCAUGUGGACAACAAGGGAAUAGAUUCAAUGGGAAGACGUAUGUCAAGAGUUAUUGCAAUAGAUGCAUUACGCUUGGGCAGGGGAGGAGCUGUACAGUAUAAGCAUAAAAAUCUCUUGAGGGAGGUUAACAAGGCAUUUUGUGGCUUCCUGGAUCAUUCCAAACAUCAGCAGCAACAGGUGCCUGAUAUUGAUGAGGGGAUUGUGACCGGUAACUGGGGUUGUGGUGUUUUCGGAGGAGAUCCUGAAGUUAAGUCGAUCAUACAAUGGGUUGCUGCAUCUCAGGCUUCAAGAUCAUUUGUGUCAUACUAUACAUUUGAAUUGGAAAAACUGCGAAAUUUGGAUCAGGUGGUUAGAUGGAUUGUGUCCCGGAAUUGGAACGUUGGAGAAGCAUGGAACAAGUUAUCUGAUUAUAGUAGCAAGCGGGCAAAUGGAGAAACAAAGCUUGGCUUCUUUUCUUAUCUAAUUCCUUCUCUGCAACAAGACUCUGGUAGCAGUUCUAAUUAUAGUCACUGAGCUAUUUAAGGACCGAGUGCUUUAUUUCAAGGGCAACCUAUUUUUAUUUACAAUAAGUCUUAUGUAAGGCGAGCUUACGUUAAUUUAUUUUAAGACGCUUGAUUUAAGGGUAACUGUAACAAUUUUUUAUAGUAACUUUAAUCCCUUUAGCGGUAACUAUCGAGCUUGAUUGAA